CCACGCGGCGGGCAUCUAUAAAGUCAAGGAGGCAUUGGUAGGGCCGGUAGGGCCAACGUUGGUAGGGCCGGCCAUUUCGUGGCUCUUUUUCUUUUCGAGGAUCUGGCAACCCUGGCGGCCGUGCGUGCAUGGACCCACCGGCGAAGCGUAAGUGGCGUAAGCUGCUCGGGAAGGUGGCAAUCGCAGUUACUGGAUGCAGCGCCGUGGGCAUCCUCGCAGUCGCUGUGCCUUUUUUGUCGCCUGCUUUGCGCAAAAUCUGCCUGCCGUACGUGCCGGCGACCGAUGCACAAGUGCGCAACGUGGCGUCUCUGCUGCAGCGACGGCCCCGAUGCUCGGCCGUGGUCGACCUGGGUAGCGGCGACGGCCGCAUCGUCCUCGCGGCCGCCAGGCUGGGCUUCGCGCGUUGCGUCGGUGUGGAGCUCAACCCGUGGCUCGUUGCCUACUCGAGGCUGCGAGCGCUGCGAACAACGAGCGCGCGCUUUGUGCGAGCCGACCUGUGGCACUUGGACCUGACACCGUUCGACAACGUGGUAAUCUUCGGCGUCCAGCAGAUGAUGACCCCGCUGGAACGAAAGCUUGUGCAUCAGCUCAAGCCUGGAAGCUGGGUGUUGGCAUGCAGAUUUCCCCUGCCCACGCUCCAACCAGACGAAACUUACGGCACUGGUGUUGACGCGGUCUGGCUUUACCGCAUAAAGGGCUCGGGCGUAGCACAUCUCGUCGACAGAUUGUAGUACUUGGCCAUCGCUCUGGAAUCCGCUGCGGAGCGGCCCGUCGGCCAGAAUAUAUAUAUCUUUUUUUCAGGGGAGGGGGAACCGACUCCCCGUGAUGUAUGUGCGUGUUUUAGUGUGUGCCCAUACAACAUGUAAAAAUGUUGGGAAGGUUUGAAUCCCCCGGGUUAUGCUACUGACUUGAUCACAAAUUACGCCCAUGCACCCUGCUAAUGCCGAAAGAGACGAUAAUUGGCGCCUGGUUACUUCUCUAAACAAAACACAGUUGUCAGCUAACAAAGGAACCUGUGCUGUGCGUUAACCACAAAAUAAAAGAAGUUGCUCCCCUCUGGAAGACCAGAAGUGUUGUUCUUCCACUUGAAUUUAGAAGGCUAGCUAGCUGGUGUUUCAUGAUGAACGAAGGUAAAGCGCGAACAAAAAUAUAUUUCUUGAGUAAGUGAGCUCGUCUUUUUUUUUUUUUUUUUUGGCCGACCUAUGGUCACAAGCGCGAAAUCUCAGUUGCCAUGGAUUUCCAGCUGAACGUUGUUAUGGUUACGUUGUGUCGUGACUCACACGUGUAAAAUGUCAUGUUGCCAUCGAGUGCCAGCAAAAGGCUGUAAUGGUUAUCAUGUUCUAUGUCACAAGUGCAAAACAAUAUGUUGACACAGAGUGCCCCAAAAUAUUGUAUUCCCCACCGUGGAAAAGCUUUCUUAUUUGCGCUUGAAAGCCUGUGUGGAAAUGCUUUUGUUGUCGGAUGUAAUGAUUAAUUUGAAAAAAUGUAAAGUGAUGUGUGAAUUAGACAACACUGAUUUGUUAAUGAAGCUUCUGGAAAAUCCUGAUUUAGAGCAACAAGAACUUUUGGUCUUCUUGUUUGCGAUGUGCCUUCUUGUGCUGUAAAAUAUAAUUGCCUUUUGCUUUCGUGCUCUUUCGUAUCACGCCU